UGGCUAACUGUCUGUUGCUCGCAUCUGAAGAUUUCAGGAGUUAAAAUAUACAACGUACUUCCCUAACGUUGAAGACGUAUAUACAACGAAAUAUGAGGACAAAAAUGCUACAUUUUGGUUUGGUGCUUUUCGGGCUCUUACAGUUUUCAGAAAGUUUCCAGUCGACGCGCCAAGACAACGUUGUGGCUGAGGAUGGAACUUCAUAUAAACUGGACAUAACAACAUCUGAUACAGAGGAAGACAUAGAAGUUAUUGACUCAAACGGAAACCGUGUUAUAGAAGUUGACGUUUUUGCAAAGGGAUAUGUGGUGGACAAACCAGAAAAUGAUACAACUUGUUACCUUUCCGAGGAUGUGAAGUCAGGCCAAGAUGAUUUCUGCUAUACUUAUGUAAAGAUGCUGAAGAAAAACCUGACGGAUGACAUCUUAAAGAAAUGUGAGGGUCGUAAUAUUUUCCUGCUAAUUUCUAAACCUGGUGGUUGCGAAAACGAAGAACAAACUGAGUCUACUACCACAGCGCCUGUCAGUGAAACUGAUGAAGGAAACAAGAGAGUUAAACGUGCGUUCUGUUACCGCUACUAUUACUGGACCAUACGAAGUGUUGUAGGCUGUUGCAGGAGAUUAUUUGGAGUCUGUGUUCGUUACUGCUAUCAGUUACAAUAUGUACGUUUCACAAUUACACGAUGCUAUUGAUAAUGUAGAGACAGUGACGUUUAGCCGUUGCAAUCAUUUCCUGUCCCAAUUUUGAUUUGAACUCGAAGCAGACUUUCAUAACAAAACAUGUUUAACUGUACAUGACUGAAAAUUUAUUUAUGAUCAAAAGUAAAUAAUAUAUCUACUAGUAUUCAAUUUAUAGAAAAGUUAGACGUUUUAGAUAAGUUUUCGAAACGUAAUUCAUUUAACAGAAAGAUAAAUAUGAACUUGUACUUUUUUUCAAAAGGAAAAUAUCUUAUAAUAACUUGAUUUGCAAAUGGGAAACAUUUCAGAGCACUGUUUUGUUUAUAUAUCUCCAAUGACCAUCUUGCUAUGUAUGUUCACUGUGUGUGUUGAAAUAUUUUUUUCUUUUAUUGUUACUUUUCUUUUGCUUUUGCCAAUAUCGACAUUUCAACAUUAACUUUCAAAUGAAUUUUAGAAAAUUUAUUAUUCAUGUCUUAUGUUUUAUUGCAAACACAAACAAUGUAAGAUUAUUUUUUUGUAAAACAAUUUAUUUAUUUCAAAUAUCUUCAUGUUUUCUUUUAAAAUAUAAAGGCAAACUUUCUGAGGCAAAUGUGUGUUACAAACUUGAACAAAGAAGUUUUUAUUUUUUUUUCUCGAAACAAGACGCAAAAACGUUUACAGUCAUAAAUAUAAACACUUUUCUUCUAUUCCUUUUAUUUGAGAAUGGAUUACAGGUAUGUUUUCAAAUAUAACUAAAUGAUAUUGGCAAACAUAGUUUUGUGUAUAUAGCUACUAUAGCAUAUCUGUCCAUAUUUUAUUUUGUUCUUUGUAAAAAACUGAUAUCUUUUAACUGUCCCUAAUAUUUGUUUCCUGUAAUAAAUUCCUAACGUUA